AUGGAUUCCGGCAACCGUGCGGCAAGCGGUGGAGGCGGCGGAAAGUGCUUCAAGUGCGAUCAAGAAGGCCACUGGUCAAAGGAUUGUCCAAAUACAGACAGUUUUGGUGGUGGAGGGCGGUCGAAGAGCAUGAACUCCGGAGGCGGAGGCGGCGGUCAGACGGGCGAAUGCUACAUUUGCCACGAGACAGGUCACUGGAGUAAUGCAUGCCCCAACAAGGACGGCGGUGGCGGCGGCGGGCGAUCGACCUCGACGAGAGGAAAGAGAGGCAGAAGCGGCAGCACUCGAGGGUCUACGCGAGGGCGCGGAGGGGCGAAGAAGGCGGGGCGAGGCAGAGCAGUGAAGAAGACGACGUUUGCUGCGGCGGACGAUUGGUGA